ACGUUUCCUCAUGUAUCAUCAUCAUCCCAUGGACUGACUUGUUUGUUGUCGAGCAAGAUGGAGUUCCUUUUGGGAAAUCCUUACAGUACCCCAGUGGGACACUGCAUUGAGAGAGCCACUGAUGGCUCUCUGCAAAGCGAAGACUGGACCCUCAAUAUGGAAAUAUGUGACAUCAUCAAUGAAACAGAGGAUGGGCCAAAGGAUGCCAUUAGAGCAGUAAAGAAGAGGCUGAAUGGCAACAAGAACUAUAGGGAAGUGAUGUUGACUUUAACGGUCCUGGAGACCGGUGUGAAGAACUGCGGACAUCGGUUUCAUGCUUUGGUCACUAGCAGGGACUUUGUUGAUGGUGUGCUAGUUAAAAUUAUCUCCCCUAAAAACAACCCGCCUACAAUCGUUCAAGAUAAAGUACUCGCCCUGAUUCAGGCAUGGGCUGAUGCGUUCAGAAGCAGUCCAGACCUCACAGGCGUGGUCCAAAUAUAUGAGGAGCUAAAGAGGAAAGGCAUUGAGUUCCCCAUGUCAGAACUGGAGACCCUGUCUCCUAUACACACACCUCAGCGGUUGGCAUCUGCUCCGGAGGGUGACUCCACCCUACAUAAGUUCAGCAGCACUCCUCAGCCCACACCACCGGCUGUCCCACCAGCCUACACCGCCCCUCAGGUCCCCAACAUUCAUGCUUCUGGAUCCAUAAAUCCUACACCUGAACAGAUUUGCCGGCUGCGCAGUGAGUUGGACAUUGUUCGUGGAAACACUAAGGUGAUGUCUGAGAUGUUGACCGAGAUGGUCCCUGGACAGGAGGAUGCUUCAGACUAUGAGUUACUUCAGGAGCUGAACAGGACUUGUAGAGCCAUGCAGCAGAGGAUAAUGGAGCUCAUCUCCUGUGUUUCCAAUGAGUCAGUGACCGAGGAGCUGCUGCAUGUCAACGAUGACCUCAAUAACAUUUUCCUACGCUAUGAAAGGUAUGAGAGGUUUAGGUCUGGGAGGUCCACAGCUCAGAGUGUCAACAAUGGGGUCCUGAGUGAGGCCACAGAGGACAACCUCAUAGACCUCGGCCCAGGCUCCCCAGCUGUGGUCAGCCAAAUGCCCAACGCAGCCCCAACCAGCUUGCCUCCCGCCCUCACAGCCCCAACAGCAAGGCCCUCCUCCCCGGCCACCUUAGCCUCCCGCCUGGCCGGCCUCGACAUGGGCGCCGACAGUGUGAGCAGCACCUUGAGCUCUUUGCCGAACUGUAAGCCUCCUUCUGGCCAGGAUGACUUUGAUGUGUUUGCUCAGACCAGGACCGGAGCUCUGCCAGAACCACGCAAGAUCACCACAGAAGAAGACAGGAAAGCCUCCGACAGCCUUCCUCCCACUCUGGAUGUUCAACAGCCGACUGCAGGAGCGGGUGCUGGAGGCCAGUCCUCUGUCAUGGAUGACAUAGAGGAGUGGCUGUGUACUGAUGUGAAAGGAGAUGAGGGGGAAGAAGGCGUGACAAGUGAAGAGUUCGACAAGUUCCUAGAGGAGAGAGCCAAAGCUGCAGAGAUGGUCCCCAGCCUACCGUCGCCCCCUAGUGGCGAGCCGGGCGCCGCGCAGGAAACCCCAGGCCGCAAAAAGCCGGACAGGCCGGAGGACGCUUUGUUCGCCAUGUAGAACCUUCCACCUCCUGACCUCUGAUCCCCGACCAGCUGAGCAGCAUCAGACUGAGGACAGACCGACCUGACACUAAAACACAUCCACCUCCAUUCUGAUUCAACACUAUUCAGUAACACUACAGAGAUUCUCUCCUUCUAAAAAAGGGAAUUAUUCAUGUUCUACAUUAAUUUCUCACAAGAAAGGGAAAAACCAAAUGAUAUUUUGAUAUGCCACCCGAUCAGACGAUGAAUCUCACCCACGUGAUGGCGGGUGUCGGAGACCAUGAGGCAGCCUCCCUCCGCCUGUUGUGGACUGCAGAGCUUCAUGUUGCAGCUAAUCCUAAAAUAGUUUUAUAAAAGAGCGUCUGCUGCCCUUGUCAUUAGUAGCAAAUACAUUUCCUACCCCCAAAGCAUGCAUUAAAACCCCCCAAACCUGAUUUUUAUUUAAAGAAACCCCAACAGAAACGUUACGGUUGCAGGAAUCACCUUUUACAUGCAGCAGCACUGAGCAUACCUACGAGGAUAUUGUUUUGGUGUUUGUAUCAGUCCCUUUGCAAGUUGAACUGUAAAUCUGUAAAUGACAAAUGUCAAGUUUAUUAGUCGUGUGUAUAUUUAAGCUACAGAUGUAUGAAAGAGAUGUUGAUUUAAUGUAGAUUUUUUUGAAAAGGGUUUAUCUUCCAGCUGCUCUGACAACAGGGAUGUACCUCAAGUAAAGGGAAUAAUUUACACCUGAUAAUCUACAAAAACUAAUUAAAAAGGAAGAAGAAGAAGGGAGUGUAGUUUUUGUGACUGGCAUAAUUGCGCACCACUUCAACAAAUGACCCUCUAAAUAACGUUGUAGAUUUCUCUUUGACAAAUCACAGUUGUUAUUGAGAUUAUUUAGCUGAGAUUUUAAGAUGCUGUCUGAAAUUUUCGCAGGUAGUUACUUCCAUCAGCUGGAAAAAUACUAAUUAUUCUCGUUUAUGUAAUCAUUUUUUCUGUUUCAUGAAUUUACAUGGGUUGAGUUCACAGGGAGUGGUUGUUAUUUUGAACAGAAGCCCAGUCAGAGUUGGUCAUUGGUGAGUUUUUACUCACUGACUGUAACUUCUUUUGGGUAGAUUAUGCUGUAUGAUUUCUCUGAAAUUGAGUUAAGAGGACCAAAACUGUGCUUUCUUCUGGAUGUUAGAGGAAAAUUCUCAGAUAAUUGGCUUGUCUACACAUAACCCGGUCCUUUUUUGACUCACAAUUCACAGUUUAAUAUCCAGCGAUGUAAUGAGGAGUCAAUAUCACACUACAAAAGCUGUUUGCACAUUAUAUUUGUGCAUUUUCUCCUUUGUUUCUUUAUGCUGACAUCUUAAAAGGCCUGACCUUUCAACAUGACAUUUGUUUUCAGAAAUGAGCCAGCUGCAGACACAGUGCUACAAAUGAGAUAUUUGACUCUUUUGACAAUAAUAAAUGCGACAUGUUACACAAUCACGACAAGCUUAAAACAAGCGUGCACUUUGACAGGCACAUUACCUUUCAACCUGUACUGUAAAUCAACGAACACUUAACCAGAUGUAAUUAAUGAGAACUGUUUGGAAAUAUUCGAGCAGAAGUGUAGAAAUAAUUUAUUCAGCACUAUUUUUUUUGUUGACUUCAGAUCAGUAUUUUAAAUCAUUUUAUUGUACGGAAGAGAAAUAGGAAAUGUUAAGGGACAGAAUGAGAGAUUGUGAUUAUGGUGUGUGUUUUAGUGUUUUUGUUAAUGGAGUUCAGAUUUUCCUUUUUAUACAUUUCUGCUGGCUAAUGUAUCUUAUGUUUCAUGGUUAUGUGGAUAUUUUUGUUUAUGGAAGCCCUGAGAGGAAAAUGAAGAAAAAAAUUGACCUAAAAGGUGAUUUUUUCUUUUCUUUUUUUUGGUAUUGUUGUAAGGUUUUUUCUGUUUGUGUGGGGUUUUUUGCCCCGAUAUUUUUUUAAGGUAACUUCUGAAAAAGCUUUUGCUUGGUGAUUUCUUUUUUUCCAUUCAUGAAAACUGUUGAAAAAAGUUUUGUCUGGAUCAUUUUUUUUUUCUCAUCUUUGAAAAGAGGUUUCUGUUUUUUAUAUUUUGGCUUGGCAUCUUUCUUUCUUUUUUUCCUCUUUUGCACAGAUAAUCGUUGAAAACCAUUUUAAAAAUUACGUUUUUGUCAUUUUGUUAAUUUUUCAAAAACAAAAUUCCUCCGAAAACAGGUGCAAAAAAGUUUGCACUUGUGAAAAAUAAGAACAUAUUUGUCAGGAUCACAGACGAGGAAAAAAUGCUGUCGAUCACUUUCAAUAAUUGAAAAUUUGAAUAUUCCAUUUUUUUUUCUCACUUGCCUCUCAGGGCUUCCGUACAUGUUGCUUGUAAGUGUCCAUAGAGUUAACAUAUUGAUAUAUAAUAAGGGCAAUCCAUUCAUAGCUGUAAGAGAAUCACAUUAAUAUCAUGAAGGACACAUAUUUUAAUCGCUUCACUCUCACUGACUAGCACAUGACAAAACCGACAUGAUAAUCUUACUUUGGACACUUCUGACAAAGCAUCAACAUUGUACAUCUUCUGUUUCGUUGUUUUAGUGUUCAGCGUGUGUUCUAUAACGCAGAAUUGUUUUAUCUCAGUUGAUUGAAAAAAAAAAAAAAGAACAAGCCUCUAAAUGUGUGUUUUAAACAAUACAUGUUGUUACUAUCCUGUUUGAUACCGCCCAGGAUCAACCUGGUUUAUAUCAGUGUGAGCUCUGUCAGUGAUUUGUAACUGAAUCUCAGCAUACCCAAGACUUUGCCAUGUCAGACCUGUUCUGCAGAGGAACAAUAUGUUUCUUUGUAUGUCGCUGGAUAAUAUGAAGAGAUGCUGAUAAAGGAGGCUGUGCUGUGUGACUGCUACUUUCCUGAGUUGCCUCAUCUCUCAUUUCUCUUUGUGUUGUUUGACUUAUGCAUGAACUCUAAUAAAACAUUAGCAGUGUGUCUGCA